AUGCUUCGGCGAUCGGGGCCAUCGUUUCGUCGCCGCACGGUGACGGAGAAGGCGGUGCAGACGGAGGUCUCGUUCCCUUUUGAGUGCGUAGACACCAACAAGCACUACGAAGAGCUUGCCAGCGAACAAUUCCAGGACCUCUGCAGACUGCGCGAUUUGAUUCGGGAGGCGAUGAAGGAGGUUGCAUGCUCUGUGUACGACGUUGUUGCCUUCAAAGAUAUCCUCUUCAAGAUUGAGGACGAGCUGCCCUCCAAAUUGCCAGUGACGGAUAUUUUGUUGCUGUCAUCGAAAUUGUUUCGUCGCACGUCGGGAUUGGGCCAUUUGCUUGCGUGCCUCUUUGCGGUGAUGUUUGCAGAGGAGCACGCGGACGAAAAUUUCCACUUCACGGAGAUUCGAGUUUUGCGUCGCGAACUGCUAGAUGUCAAGCAGCAGUUUGCCCGGGCGGAAAAGGAACGGGCGCGACUGCAGCACAUGCUUGACGAUGUUGGUAGAGUCGCCAUGAAUCAUAGCCGUGCCGUGGAAUUACUGGAGACGCGAAAUACGGCACUGCAAAUGCAAACAAGCGGGUUAGAGGAUCAGAUGGCGUUGCUUUUCUCACAGGUCAAUAGAGACUUGCAUCGCCAGUGCAAGGACGCCUACGAAAAGGUCACGAAUGAAAUUGAUUCGCAGGAUCGUAUGGGCCUGACCCGGGUAACAUUUCGCCAGACGAUGGAUUCCCUUAGUGAUCAGCUACGACAUUCCCGGAGCCUUAUUAACGAUGUGAGGGAGCUUGUCAUGAGCUGUGCGCAGGGUAGUUCGGGGGGUGGUAGGAAUGUGGAUGCGCAGAUAUCGAAGGAACCGAGUAUCCGCUUUAAGCUGAAGCAGGUAGAAAAUAAUUUCCAACAGCUCGUAGGCCGUUUUUCUUCCGUGAAGGGUGUGGUGGCGGAAACAGCUCAAGAGCUCGUGAAUGCGUUACAAGAACGUAAAAAUAUUCUAUACCUCUCGCUGCAACACAUUCGACUGUAUGACAUUCAAAAUUCGAGGAUGCGUCAGAGCAAAGCCAUCGUUGUGACAAUGAGGAAGAAAAUGGAGGAACUUCUUAAGCGAAUUUCCCUGACAUUUCCCCCCGGUGCAGUCACCUUCGUUGAUCGCAUUGGUCGUAUUUCCACCCAGCAAUGGCAAGUGGGCCAGACGUUAGCGACACUUCGUCAUCAAAAGAAUGCGGACCAACCAACUGAGGAAACGGCCUCAGAUGUUGGUAAAGCAAAGAAUUUUAGUUCUGGAAUACAUUCAUCAAAUGAGGCGUGUACACUGCAAGAGGACCAAAGAGGAAGUGAGCCGUUGGAUGCCGAGUUGUACGGUACGUCGGAUGUCACCAAAAUACCCUUUCAGACGGUUUAUAACCUCGUGGAUGUAAUAAAGCAGGCGGAGAACUCCAUGGAGAGUCUGAACAACGUCUUGAACUUUGAGAGUGAAAUCAACGCCUUUCUCAAAACUCUCACACUAUCGUUGUCGACGACACCGCGGCAUGUGGAUGAGCCACUUGGCGAAAUGGAAAAUGAGGAUGAGAUUAUUGAAAGGGCAGUUCAUCCUACGGGCAAUUUUUCUAUACAGCGUCCUAGCAUGGCUGAACACUCACCACGAAAGCUGGAGCGCGAGUCUGAAGCAGCAGCGAGCCAAUACGCGUUGAUGUCCUCUUAUCAUGGCGAUCGGCGGGGCUCUCAUGAGGUUGAUAAACUAAAGUCAGAGGCGGCGGAGCAGGCUGAGCGGCUUAAGAAACUGCAGGAACAGUUGGAUAGUAUUCAACCAGAGUUUGCGGCCAAAAUUAACUUUCUGCGCCAGGUGUAUGAGGCCCGUAUAUGUGACUUGGAGACGAAGGAGGCCAAUUACGGCCGUAGGUUGAACAGCAUUUCUCCGCAGAGGGAAGGCAGGGAGCGGAGGGAAUCUAAAAUCCAAAUUCGCUCAGAUCGUUCUGUACCAUCCUCGCAAUUACAAGAGACUGCUGAGCCUGAAAAAGGAAGAAAAAAAGGAGACAAGGACCAACUCUUGCAUGCACGAUCGGAGUGGCAGCAGACAAAACCGGUUUUACAGGCGAAUAAAAAGACACGGGACGCAACGUUGGGGGAACUCAAUAAAAUGAUGAGGGGAGGGGGUGAUGCAAAUGUGAAGGCACGUAAGCGUUCUGCCCCCCGAUCCAGAAGCCCAAGUACGAAGACGACGUAG